AUGUCGAAAUGUCCCGACGCGCGCGACUGCAUAGAGGAGCUCGUAGUACCUGCAAUGGCAAACGUCUCCGACAAAGUCGACUUCAAGAUGUCGUACAUUGGACAGACCACCGAAGACGAUGGCGUUCUAUGCAUGCACGGCCAAACUGAAUGCCUCGGAAACAUUCUCGAGCUAUGCGCCGCAUCAGAGUACCCCGACCCGAAGAUCUAUCUAGGCUUCACGAGAUGCCUGUCGCUUCGAUAUGACGAGAUACCCGCAACAAGCUUGAUCAAGGACUGUGCGCUGGAAUACGGCAUCGAGUUCGAGAAGCUUAACGACUGCGCAAGUCGAGAUGACGGCGCAUUUGGCAUGGGUCUGCUCAGGGACAGCGUAACGCGCAGCGCAGAUCUAGGCGUAAAGACUAGCUGUACCGUUAGGUUGAACAACAAGGCAAGGUGUGUGAGAGAGAGUGGGAAGUGGAAGGAUUGCGAUGACGGAAGUGAUCCGGACGAUCUUGUCAAGGAUAUCAAUAAGCUGUAUGCUGAAGCGCGAGGUUGGAUUUACAUUUGA